AUGCCCUGGAUAUACACUCCAUCUGACGGCAUUUACGGGCAUCCACAAAUCCCACCUAACGACUAUCUCCGCGAGAUCACGGAUGUAGCAAGUCUCGAGUGCCUCAGGCUGGAUAACGUUCACCGUGAAUAUCCCGGUUACGGUCCUGUAGUCCCGUACAGACACAUUCUCCCGAGCAUGUUCACCGGUGCACGCAGCCUCCGUUCACUAACCGUAGAGCGAUUCGGUCCGGACAUUGCUCGCCUCAUCCAGCUUGUCCGGGAGGAGCAAGCGUCAAUACCCACCUCUCCAGCCCCCAAGCUAGACACCUUACAAGUGCUAGAGUACGGCAGAACCCUCAGGUUUGAGGAGGAAGAGGACAGCAUUAUGUGGCAGGAGGACGAGGAAGGCCCCGUGCAUCCCAUCUACUCUGUUCCGCUGCACGAAGUUGGACACCACUGGAGACGACUCUGCUAUUCAGGUUUCUCCAAGCCCCGCCAGAACCCAGAGCGCGUUGUCAAGGCUGCAGAGCUCCUGCGCUUUGCCUCUCAGUGUUCUGAACUGGAGGAGCUCGCGGUUCCCAUCCACGGCCGAGAUGAGCUGGAGAUGCUGAAAGAGGAGGUCCUUCCCAAACUACCACAUCUGCGGGUUCUUCAUCUCCCGUGGGGAGACCUGGCGGAUUUUCUUGAGGGACUGGACCGCCCGCAACCCCUGAGCCCCUCUGGUCAUAUCAACGAUAUGACCGAGCAGCAGCAGGAGGAGUUUGAGCAACCAAACGAGAAACUUGAUCAGGACCGGGAGAGGAGGAGGUUCGCCAUCGUCCGAGAGAUUUUCCUAUGCCAUCAUCAGCUGAGAGUUGAACAACCCGGCAUGUCCCCGCUCAAGUACGUUGCUAUAAAUGAAGAGGCAUACACCCGUGAAUUCUUGCCCGUGGUGCCAGAGACGACCCGGCACGAUACCCCAGAAGUGGAUGACUCCUAUACCCUGCCGGACAGGUCGACUGUCAUCCCUGGGGAUGGAGGCGGCGAGGAAAGUAGGGAUAGUUGA